AUGGGAGUAAGCUGGUCGAAUUGAAUGGUUGUAACACCUGUAAUUUUACAUACAAACUACACAACAUAUUCUUGUCGGGUUUAUCCGUUACAUGGUCUUUUUUUUUUUCGUAAACAAUUACAAUUAGUUACUUUAAAAUGCCCUUUUCCUUGUUUUAGAAACAAAUAGUAUUAGGUUGUUCAGAAAAGUUGUUCUGGUUUUUCCGGGGGAUACCUGAAGCGUGGUAGUGCUGGGUGAAUCCCCUCCAUGGUAACAUAGCAUCAAACUACCAGAAUAGUAACCUUUGAAGUGAGUAAAAUUACUCUCUGAGCUCACCAUUUUCUGCACCUUGUCUCUCAAACAGUUAUUGUUAGGGAAUUAGGGUUAGUGAAUUUGGUUCCAGCACUAGGAAAUGGCGGACGAUACCGAUUUCUGUUGCGUAAGGGAGAAAAGACUGGUGACGAGGUCUUCGACAGAGACAUUGUCGAAGAAAGUUGCUGCGAGCACUUCCGCCUCUCCAAAUCGCAAGUCGGAGCGGCUUGAGAAAAGGUCUCCACCGUCGUCCGGGGGCAUAAUGGAUCCGAAGAGGAAGUUGAAGACACUGAAUCCGUUGAGGAGAUCCGAGAGAACGAGGAGCGCUUCUCCUUCGGAUCCUUCUGCUUCCAGAAGUUCGGGUUCGGAAAAGCAGCAGAAGAAGCAUUGCACUGGGAAGCGGUUGUUGUUUGAAGCCAGCAAGGAUCGGGACGAUGGAGAUGAGGAACGAGGCAUGGAUGAGGAACGAGGCAUGGAAGCUUCUUCGAGACCCAGAACUAGGAGAGUGACUGAGCAUUGCCAUGUGAAGACAAAUGGGAUGGAUAGGUCAACUGAAGAAGGUGAUGACGAGGGUGGGAGCAAGACUGAUGGCUGUCUUAAAGGGAACUAUUUAGAUUCUGCCAAUGACGAUAUGGAUAUUGAGCUGCCUGAAGAUGCCACCGGUAAAGAGAUGAGAGCUGAGCCUAAGUUGAGUGAGCCAGUGAAAGAACUGUCAGAUUAUGAUGUGACUGUAAAUCCAUUGGUACCGUCUAAUACUGCAAGUUGUGAGCCCAGUGGGUUACCUGAAAAGGUUCGGUUUGAUUCAUGCAAAGAGGAGAGAUCACAAAGUUUAGGGUCAAGGGAUUUCAUAUCAAAUGAAAAUUUGAUUAGGGAACGUAUUGAGCUUGAUAAGGAUGAAAAAUCAAUAUCUUCUAAGAGAAAAAAAACAAUGGUGGCCAUGCAUUCAGAUGCUUCUACUUUGUUGGUGGACAAUGACAAUAACAGCAACUUGUUUGAGGAUACUCGCCCGUCAAGGAUAUGCAGCAAUGUUGUGGAGACCAGUGGGUCAUGUUCCAAAAGGAUAAGGCAGAUCUCCUUAGCAGAUGUGAAAAAGGAUCAGAGGAAAUCGACUGAUAAUGUUGACCAGUCCCCUUCAAAGAUAUCCACUAGGAACAAGAAAGACUCGGAGAGACCUCAAAUGAACACUGCUGAAACUUACAAAAUAAGGAAACAGCAGAGGAGCUUACAUCUUUUACUGAAGCCAGAGAUAGCAAAUCUUUGUGAAAUUCUGCAUCUCCCUGAUAAUGUCAAAAGUAUGGUUCAAAAUUGUCUUGAAUAUACUAUGAACAAUUACCACAUCUUUACAGAACCAUUGCCAAUAUUACAGGCUUUUCAGCUAUCUCUGUGUUUGACAAUUGCUGCUUUGCUAAAUCACAAACUCAACUUUGAAGCUUCCCUUUUGCUUGCAAAGCAGCAUUUGAAUUUUGACUGCAAAAAAGAAAUUGUAGAGGAAAUCAAUUCAAGGCUUUGGGAUCUGAAGGAAAGUUUUUUAUCGCUCAAAGGAAACUCUAAUGUUGCUGGCUGUGCAAAGGCUUCUGAAUCGUCAAGUGGGGUUUAUUCAUAUAUUGAAGUGACACCUGAGGAUGAAUUGGUAAAAGUUGAUAAUUCUAUAAAUAUUAAAACCGUUCAGAAACGUAAAAGCCAGUGGAACAAGCUACUUCUGAUGCAAAGGGAAGAGAGGAUAAAGUUAAAAAAAGAUAUUGAGAAUGAAAAUGCUGAAAUUCAGAGAAGGCACCAGAUAGAGUGGGAAGCUAUUCGAUCAUGUUCUCCCGAUGAUUUGACUAAAGAUGGAAAGCUUCAGGCUUCCAAAAGUGCUUACAUGAAAAGAACUGAAGAAUUGAAUAGGCAGCAAGAAAUACGUCUCAAGGAUCUUGAGGUCAAGCAAUUAAAAGCAAGGCUGAUGUUCCAAGAGUCUUCAGCACCAUAUGAAUUGUUAAACCCAAUUGCUUCGAUCAAACUCGGGCCAGUGGUCAAAUCCUUACAGAUUUGUGAUCAAGCCCAACAUCAUAAUGCUCCAAAAGUCCUUGCGUCUGAUACAGUGGAAGUCAAGGCAAGGAUUGAAUCUGGGGUUGGAUUAUCUGAAGCUCCCGAUGCCAAUGCCUCUGUUGUUGCACCAUUCAGUAGCACAGUUGAACUGCAAACUCGUCUUGUUAAACAUGCUGAUGAUGAGAUGGACAUAGUCUCUUCAAAAGAUGGACUAGUAUCUGAAAUUAAGUGCAGUAAUAUUGUUGAAAAUGUAUAUGAAAGUCAUGGAAAUGUUAUAUCUAAACAUUCCAAAUCCAGAGAGCAACGUUCUGAUAGAGCUAUUAGAGUGCCAGAAAGGGAAGAGUAUGUAAAUUUUAAUCAUGAAUCUCAUAAUGAUUCUAGGCAGGAUGCUGUAAUACAGGUUCUUGCUUCAUAUAAUGAAGACAUAUGUCACGGGGAAACACUAGAUGUUCUUAGUGCAGAGGUGGCUCCUUCAGUCUGUAACACCAGCAGUUCUGAGAAUGAUCUUGUUGAAAUUCCUUCUUCUAGGCAAAGGGAACUAAAUGGGACUAUACAGAUCAAGCCUGUGUGUGGAUCAUCAAUAGAAGUUGAUGGUAAUGGUUCCAAUGAUGGUGCAAAAAAUAUGGCCUUAUUGAAUUCUCAGUCAUCCGAAGAACAUAUUCCAAGUGUAAAUACCAUGUGCACACCAUAUUGUGAGAAUACUGCACAAAUUCAUGACGCUGAUAACAAUUAUGGUUCAAAGAAUGCUGACAUUAUGAACUCAUCUUUGUGUGAUGAAAGAAUUUCCUCCUGGAAUUCAAAAUCACCUCAAGAUUGUGUCCAUAAUGAAAAUGGCAAGCACACUCUAGAUUGUGAAAAUUUUUCCCUUGAUGGUGGUGGUUCAGAUAAUUUUAUUCUUAAUUCUCCUUUGGUUGAUGAGAGAAAUGCUGAUAGGACCAUAAUAUUACAUAGAGAUGCACAUGUGGGAAUACAUGAGGCUGUCAAUUUGACUUCAUCCACUGAGCAAAUAUCUGGUGCAGUAAAUGACUCAGUUUUUGAUAGUGUGUUGCCAAAACCAUAUGGAGAGGAUAGUUCCAGUAAUAAUAGCUCUGAUGCUAAUUCUAUUCUUUCAAAUCAAACUUCUAUAGAGAAACAAAAUCUUGAUGGAGUCUCAUCAAGCAUACCUAUUAGACAAAUUCCAGUUGGAGUGCCAGAAACUAAUGAGAGGGCCAUUGUAAAUGUAUUAGAUGAGGAGGAAGCUAGUUGGAUGCCUGACGCUGUCAAUUACCCUGACAAUGUAAUUCCUCAUAAUUCUUCAUCCAUGGAUCAAUUAGUUAAUGGAGAUCCAGUAUUUGAUGGCAGUUUGUCAUCAAAGACUUGUACUACAAGCCCAAGCAAUAACAAGAACCUACCUGAUGAACACGUUUCUGUCUUGAUGCCAGAAAAUAGCCUUGGAGAGGUUGAAUUCCAAUUGACAAACAACGUGGAUAGAAGUGCCACAUUGGACCAGCAGGAAGGAGUAUGUACAACCAUGACUGAAAACAGUUCGUACCAGGAGACUCCAGUAUCUAGACCUGUUGAUGUUAUGGAGUCUCUAGAACAAGUGCCAUCUUUAUCAUUUGUGGAGUCUCCUCCUGAUCUGGAUACUUCUAGAGAAACACGGAACUAUGUAGUAUCUACUGUUGUUGAUGUUGUACAAGCUAAUCAAUCCAUUAAUGAUUCACUGGUCAUGGAGCCUCCACAGGAGGGGCAAUUUCCUUCUGUGGGUUUCUUCUCUUCCAACUGGGACCUAUCCAACUUGCCUUUGGUGACCAGAACUGAAGAUCAGCCACACAAUGAAGAUGAUCUCAUCGGCCAUGUUCCUGGAACAUUAAUUGAGAUUCAAAAUCAAACUCGUGUGCAACAUCCCUCAAAUUCAGACCAGCAGGAAGGAGUGUGUAGAACCAUGAAUGGUAACAGUUUGUCCCAGGAGACUCCAGUAUCUUUAUCAGUUGAUGAUCUCAUGGAGCCUCUUGAAGAAGUGCAACCAUUAUCAUCCUUAGAGUCUCAACCUGACCAGAAUACUACAAUAGAAAUGCAGAACAGUUUGGUAUCAAGUUCUGUUGAUACUGUACCAGCUAACGUAUCUACAGAUAAUUCACUGGUCAGGGAACCACCCGAGAAGGAGGGUCAGUUACCUUCUGCAAAUGUCCUUUCUUCCAAUGAUGGAGACCUGUCUAUCUUGCCUACAGUGACUGGAACUGAAAACCAGCCAUCCAUUGAAAAGGAUUUUCCCAACCACAUUCCCGAGACAUCAAUUGAGAUUCAAGAUCACGAUGUUGUGCAAUGCGCCUCAAAUGUGGAAUUGGAUCCAGCCUCAAAUACGAACUUGGUUUCGCAAGAGCUUGCUGGAGUUAGACAACAGUCUUCAAACACAAGAAACCAGUCAACUCUCACAGAGAUUAAUAAUCAUCCUAUACAACCUGCAAGCCAAUCAGAUUCCAGGAUUAUUCAACGUUUAGCUCUUGAUCCGUUUAACUGUGAAAUGACAAGACUACAUCAACUGGCGGAGGAUAAUAAGAAAGACUUUGAAGAAAGGAAAUUGAAGUUGAGACAGGAUUUUGAGAAGGAACUCGAGGAACUUUACAAGAAGUUUGACAUUAAACACAAGGAGAAUGAAGCUGAAGUACAGAAAGUAAGGAAGGACCUGGACAAACAACAUAGCAUAGUUAAUGUAAAUAUGAAAUUGGCUGAGGCUUGUAGGGUUAAAUCCAUGGAUUUUACACUACCUGGUGCACCAAACAUGCACAAAGAUGCAAGUUCUGUUCAGCAAUUAUUUCAGGUUGCAAGUCCACAAAAUGCCACUGCGUUCAAUGUGGUUGUCGGACCAUCUUCUCGGGAGUAUUCUGCAGCCAGCUUGCAGAGUUCCUAUGCUACAACUACCUCACAGACUACGGUACCACCAAUACAAGCCACGUACAGUACGCCCGGAACAUUCUCCGUUACUUCUUCAAGACUACCACGUAUCAACCCCCUCUCUUCACUCUUGGGAAAUGUUCAAACUGGUGGGGAGAUACGUGCCCCUGCACCACAUCUCCACCCUUAUAGAACACCAACGUCUGUCCCAGCCUCCACUUUCUGUACAGUUCUGCGUGGGAGAUCAAGUCAGCCUGCACCCGGUAAUAUUCCUGUAACUUCCCCCCCGUUUUCUUACCAGACACCCUGGCCAGCGCUGGCAACCCUUCCAUCUGUUCUACACGGGGGGCUUUGGCCACCCACUUUACCUGCCAUUAAUCCUCACACUGAUCCUAACAGUCAACACGGCAUAUAUUGGCCAAAUGUUCGGCCACAUAUGCCAGAUUUGCCUACGAUGAACCUUUCUAAAUGUGACAAAAGUAGUACAACGCCAGCAACCUCAGCUCAUCCAGCUACAUCAUCUGAUGUAGUCUGUUUAUCAGAUGAUGAAUGACAUGAGGAAGUAUUUGCGCAUUUGGCCUAACACUAGGCAAUUAUAAUAUCUCUUUCUUUCCCCUCAUUGAGGAGCUUCUAACAAGAAUUAGGAAGGUAGAAGUUGUUGCGGUGCCCGUGCUGGUUCUGGUACCGUGCUCACCUGUUUCUAUUAUGUUGUAAUUAUUAUUUAUUUUAAAUAUAUAUAUAUAUGCAAUGUAAUUAGUUUUAUUAGGCUCCUGAAUUACAGUGAAGGUUGUGCUACUUUUUCGGUGGAGCGGGUGAGGAGUAUUCCAUGAAAUGAAGCGUUGUUCAUAACUUCGUAUCAUUUUUUAAGUUAAAUAUGGAAUACUUGUUAAUGUUGUGUAAAUAAGUGCUCCGUCAGUCUUCUCUAAGCAAAGUAAUUCAUUAAUAUACAAGUUAAGAGUACUUCUCUUAGGCUGUUUGGGAAA